GGUUCUGGCUUGGGUGGUUGCCUUGGCAUCGGGCAUAGGAGGGGGAUUAGUGCCGCGGACGGCUUGUGGGGAGGUGACGCGGCCCGUUCGCGGAGCCCCGCCGAAGAGGGAGGCGGCGAAUGAGCAGCGGUGUGAAGAGUGAGCGAGGCGCCGAGCUGCUGCGGGGAUGAAGAACCGGCUGGCUGAGCUGACAGCGUGUGAAAAAGAUGAAGAUGGAGAGACAACUAUUGUUGAAAAAGAUUAUUUUUUGGAUGACUUCUUCCAGCAGAUCUCUGAAAUAAAACAAUAUAGGCUAAAAUAGCAACAAAAUGUGGAAGAAGUUAAUGAAAGAAAUCACAGCAUUAUCUGUCCUGCACAAAAUCCUGAAGGCAGAACAAAGGAAGAACUCGAGGACCUGAACAAAGAAAUCAAGAAAAUUGCUAAUAACACUCACGCUAAGUUAAAGGCUAUUGAACAAAGUUUUGAUCAAGAUGGAAAUGCUAAUCGAACAUCAGUUGAAGUCAGGAUACAAAAGUCACAGCACUCGGUAUUGUCCUGGAAGCUUGUGGAGGUCAUGACAGAAUACAAUAAGACCCAGACCCAGUUUCGAGAACGCAGCAAAGGACGGAUACAGCGACAGUUAGAAAUAACUGGAAAAAACACCACCGAUGAAGAACUGGAAGAAAUGUUAGAAAGUGGUAAUCCUUCUAUUUUCACUUGUGAUAUUAUAUCAGACUCCCAAAUUACUAGACAAGCUCUGAAUGAAAUUGAGUCACGACACAAAGAUAUUAUGAAACUGGAAUCUAGUCUACGGGCGCUACAUGAAAUGUUUAUGGACAUGGCUAUGUUUGUUGAGGCUCAGGGUGAAAUGAUCAACAGCAUAGAAAAGAAUGUGAUGAAUGCAUCAGAUUAUAUAGAACAUGCUAAAGAGAAGACAAAAGAGGCACUUAAAUACCAAAGUAAAGCACGAAGGGUAAGGUUUUUUUCUGGAUUUUCAAUAACUCAAUUAAAAUGCAUAACAUAAAGGUAGUUUUACAGCAUGUGAAAUUAACUACAGUAAACUUGAUGGUCUUUGAGUGCUUGCAUAGGUCCAUUCUGCUGUGGGUGUGCGUGUGUCCCAUGCACCAAUGCUGGAGAGUUUUCCCUAGCAAUACCUGGGGCGGCCCCAACCAUUCCCAACCUCCUUGUGCAUCGAAGAAAGAGAUAUAAAUGAUGGAGCCACCUCUCCCUGAGUUCUUUCUUGCCAUCCAUGUCAGUGGUCAGAGCGUUUGUGUUCUGUGGCAAGUUUACAGCUCUGUGUUGCCAAUCCGUAUGAAGUGUCGGUGAGUGUGGCAGUUCUAACUGGGAGGCAAUCUGUUUGCCAAUAAUGUAACAGCGGGUUUGAGAGAACAGGGUUCUUCAGUCCUUUGCUUCUGAGGACUGCCUUCUCUCUCUAUCAGUUCUUCAGGCCUCCUUGGACAUGGCAGAUUCUGUAGUGAGAGCUAUGGUGACGUUGCUCCUGGUUGCAAUCCUCUGGGAUCCCUGUGGAUGUGCAAUAGACAAUUGAGGAUCAUCCAUUCAAGAAAUGCCUUUUUCCUACCUAAAACAAAGUAUUGCACUCGCAGAAGGACUUGGGUGGUUUUGAAGUCCUUGGGUCUCUAUAGUUUGGCUGCAAAGCAGACAAAAUUACCAUCUUCAGUUCCAGCGUAGACAGCAGUAUUAUCCCUUCCAUCAGGCUGACUGCUCUAAGGGAAGCAAAGAAGGUCAUGGAGGAGAAGGCUGUUGCCCUCUGUUUCCCUGGUCUCUUCAUCUAGACAUCCCCAGGCCUUAAGGCAUUGGUUUGACUCUUAUGUCAAGGACAGCAUACUACCAGACCUGGGCCAAACUGAUCCUUCUCCUCCCACAUCCGUACCCCCAGACAGAAUAUCCCAUUUUCUACAUGCUUGGCAGUCAGUCCAUCACCUCAGACAAGUGUGUGCGCGCGAAGCGUGAUGGAAUCAGGAUUAGACUCUGCAUUUUCUUUCUGUUCACAC